AGCUUCAAUAAAAAUAAACUACAAAUUUGUCGUACCUAGCUUCCUAUAUUAGCAAAUUAAAAAUGAAUUGUUUCAAGUUUGGAAUAUAUAGUUGUAGAAUAGUAGCUGUUUAAUGUAACUAAACUGUACUUUAAUGUAGGUGUAUCGCUUCAAAUUCUAUUAGUGAAUAAGAGGAAAGCUUGCACAAUUCAUACAAUCAAUCAACUAACUGAUAUUCGGAAAAGUGAUGGGAGCGUGUCAGUUUUUUCGUAUUCACGACAUCCAGUUAUGUCUCUGACAUUACUCACCCGCCUUUUUUAUAUGGGACUGAUAUGCGAGUAUGGUCAGUAUGGGAUAUCUCAAAUUUUGAAUUUUUCAACAAACACAGAUGUUCUAAGAUCAUUAAAUGCGAAACUUUAAUUAUUGAUUGAAUUUUAAGAAAGUAUUAUUCAUUUUAUUUUUAAUGAGAACAUUCAAGAUAACGACUUGAUUGGCAAACGAUAUAAUUUCGUUUAGUGACAGUGACGUUAUGUGUGAAUUUCUCCAUAUGAAGGCAUCUAACUAUGUAAUUUUGACGGUGACAAAGGUUGACUGUGACGAACCGAGAAAUAGCUGGCGAGCUAUGAAUAAUAGAAUGAUAAUUUUCACACCAGACGAUAGAGAAAGCAUUCCUCAAUUGUUUACAUAUAUAUGGGUUACUCUCAGCGCGUAAUCCUUUUCUAAAUGCGUGUACAAAAUACGUAAUCUGGCAGCGUUUGGCAACACUGGCAAUUAUCUUUCACCUUCUAAAUAUAUACAUUCCUGAAGAUUGUAUUCGCUAUAAGAGAUGCCAAAUGUAAAGGCGUAUAUCAUUCUAGAAAACAACCCACAUUAUAUUAUAGAUGAAUAAUUGAACUUUUUGUUACCUAUGAUAGAUGAAUUUGAUGAUUUAUUUUAGUGCGAAUAGAAGCUUGGUGUUAAUUUUAUUUUAUCGUGACCUCAAAAAAUCAUGGCAUCUCUGAUCCUGACAUGCAAGUGAGCGCGGAAAAGUGUUUAAAAUAGACGUGCAAAACCUGUAAUAUAAAAAGCCGCAUAAACAAAAAAUAGAAUCAGUGGUUUGACAGCAUUAGUGAUUGUUUUUAUUAUUUCAUAGGUUGUGACUAGUACAAACGUCAUAUCAAACAUUCUACGAUUGAAAAAAGUCACGCAAAAAAACGGAGUUAAUCUUUCGUACACCUUUGCGGUGUCGUGAUCCGUAAGUGCCGUGUUUGCAAGUGAAUCUGUUUUGGUGUUAGUUCGUCUCCCGGCAGUAUCUACGACUUGAUAGUGUAUUAGUGCAGGAAUGGCCCACCAACCAAAGCUGCACCGACGGGAUCUGCUGCAACCAUACGUGACUGGUGGAACAACUGGAAUAACCGUAGCCGCCGGACCAGGAGAGACCGCAAGCAAUCAGUCAAGCCAUUCUGAAAAACGCAAACACCGUAUGUUAGAGUGUGAUAGUGAUGAAGAUGAUUUUGCCGGAUUUGAUGAGGACGCCGCUGGUAGCGAGAACGGAGUUUUGAGUUCUCCAAGAUCUUCAAGUACGAUUUCCGCUUUCACGAGCUCUAAAAAAGUACGAGAACUGGAAACGAACCUUUGGUCAUCUACAGAAGCAUAUGGGGAAAAAAUAGUUGCCUCGGCGAGAGGUGCAACAUCAGGAUCUGCCGACGAACAGGACGAAAUGGAAUCUUUAGUGGGUAUGGCAUCCGCACCUGGGAACGCUUUUGACAACAGCGGUAAAGGUGUAAAUAUGACGUCGAUGGCUUCUAAGCGAAAAGUAGUCGCUCCUGUCAAUGCCCUUGAUGAGGCCUUCAGGGUGCCAUUUAAAUAUGGUUGGAAAAGGGAAUUGGUUUAUCGCGCGAAUUUAGAUGGCAACAGUAAAGAUAAAGGUGAGGUUUAUUACAUUACACCAGCCGGCAAAAAGCUUCGAACACGUAAUGAUAUCGUCAUGGCACUGCACGAUGGAUUAACGUUAGACAAUUUCACGUUCAUUAAAGACCCCGUUGGUGGCUCACCAGACGAAGAAAUUAUACGAAGUGCUAAAUCCUAUGGAUCGACGCCCCGACGUUCACUAAACUCCCUACCUGUACCAGAACCUCUUCCUGACAACAAUUUGGGUAAACGAAUCCCAAAACCUAAAAUGCCCAAGGGUGCAAGUCCUCCGCCGUCUGCGGCGUUGGUACGUGCAUCCGUCGCUCCGUCUCGUACACCUCCUUCUUCGCGCUCUAAUUCGCAAACCUCGCCUAAAUCAAGUGGAAUAUUGACUGGUUCCCGAGGACCGGCACUCGUUGCGACAGGAUUGAAACCGAAUGAAAACUCCUUUGUCUCAGCAAAGGCUGGAAAAGCUAAAAACAAGUCAGAGGAUUUACGAAAAUCGGUUGGAAGCACGAAGCUAACAACUAACCACAGUAAUAAUCGCAGUUUUAUUGCUGCCGAUCUAGCUGCAAUACGAAACGAAACUGGUGUUCCACGAAAUUCUUCACUUGCUGCCGGAACUGAACAAAAUCGUCUGUUUGCUUCAAACUUCUUUUCAAACGUAUCGAUCGGUUACGACGUGCUUCAACAGACUUUCCAGUACCUGAAAGUGCAGGAGCUCCUGCGAGCUAGCUGUGUGUGUCGAAUGUGGAACCAGGUAGCGAACCACCCCCGGCUGUGGAAAACUGUACGAAUGAAGAAUUCGCUCGUUAAUGAUUGGACUGGAUUGGCGAAUACACUCCAGAAUAACGGCACAAAGCAUUUAGAUUUACGAAAAAUGUUGAUAUCUGCCAAUAGCGACGAGAUGUGGAGAAAUUUUGCGGAAAAUAUUUCUCAUGUAGAGCAUCUAGAAAGAAUCGAUCUCUGUCGAUGUUCGUCAGUUGUGGUUGGUAAUCUGCUGAAAUCAAACCCAAAUCUCAAAGUGAUCAAUGCACUGGCUAUCAAAAAUGACCCAAUGGAUUUCUCCAAUUUUGAACAUGGACGAUACCUUCAGGAGCUGAGACUAAAAUCUUCUGCAGCGGUUUCGGUGAAUAGUGAUCUUUCACAACUCGGUUUUCUGGUUAAUCUACGACACCUUUCAUUGACAUCUAUCCAAAAACUUGGAUCUUCGUCGAUUGAAGCUCUGGGUAAUUUGAUAAAUUUAGAAUCACUUGAGUUAGGUGAAUGUACAGAACUUGGUCCAAACUUUGCAAGUAUUUUGACUAGAUUAACCAAACUGCAGCGAUUGCGUCUAGAAAAAGGUCAAGAAAAUUUUCAAAUGUUCACAGUUUUAGAUGGUAUUGCAAAAGUCCCCAGUUUAACGCAACUGGAGUUGAUAAACUGUGAUGUCAAAGUUGGUUUCGACAAGCACAUUAACAAAUGUUGCAACAUUCGUAAACUGCUCUUGAUUCCAACAUACGUUUCGCAAUCAGCGGCCACAAACCAUAUGGUGCUUAGUGGAGUGUCGAAACUAAAAGAAACUUUAGAAACCUUCCUCUGGACCGUGACAGUAGAAUUACUUCGGGUAACGGAACUCUACAUCGAUCAGUGUGAUACAAAAAACCGCGAAGAAAAAAAUAGUCCCGGAGAAAGCAUACCAAUUCUAAAGCCAGUACCUGGUGUGGAUGAAUUUCCAAUUGCAAACAGCUCUAAUCCGCCGGAUACACCCGCUCAGGUCGAAAUUGUUCCACUUACCACUGUCAAUAAUAUUCUCGAUAGGUCAUUACCCAAGACAAAAUUGAAAAUAUUAAAGAUCCCAUUCGCGAGUACAUGGAAGCAAGGUAUGAUUGAACUACCUUAAUAUCCGGCAGAACAACAGAAACUAAUCAAAUUAGAAUACGCAUCGUUUUAACGCUGACAUCUAGUGAUAAUUAUCCACAUUAUUUCUACGUGUACAAUUACAUGAUAGUUUCAUUUAGGUGUAAGACACGAACCGGAGAAUUAUUUUAAGAAAAGGAAGCAUUGCUACCCUCAUUGUACAUAGGAAUUCAAUGUCACUGAUAAUCCGAAAAAUUGAAUUAAGUUUCAAUUGAAGAUGAGCUUUUCUCCCAUUGUGCGAAUAUUUUUCAAAUUGUCCAUUAACGGGAGCCAUCACAAUUGAGACAGCUGAUAUUGAAAGUGUUGAUUGAUCAACAUUUUAUUGGCGACUAUGGCACCUUAAAUGAAAAAAAAACGUGGUUUUUAAUAUGAAAAUGUUCAAAACUACAAAGUUUUGUUCUAUAUUGCAUUCAAACAAAUUAAACAUGAUGCAAUACUGUAUAAACUUCUGUUCAGACUAAUUUCUUUUUCUUUAUUUCAUCACGCGUAAUCAUUUUCACGAUAGAUCUAAAACGUAGAUUAUGAUACUGAAAAUACAUGUAUAA